AUGGCACGGAAAGCUAAGAAAUCGGCCAGUGCAGGGAAGAACCGUGCUCAAUCGGGGCAGGGAAUCAAACGGUUUACCGUAGGCUGCAAUAACCCCGUCAAUGUGGGUGCAGCUACCACCGAGCAGGCAGGCACAAGCGCGAGCAUACCGCCCACAGUUCCUGUCGUGGAAGAAGCAUUCACACUCGGGCCAUCAUGGGCAUCAGAGAAGAAGAAAGACACUGGACUCGGUGGAAACAAGAGCGAUGGGGAUGAAAGUGAAGAAACCGGAAGUGAUGACGAUGAAGAUGGGAAUGACAGUGAGAGCUCUGGAUUGGGAGAUGGUAGCGAGGAGGAAUACGCAGAUGACAGCGAGGGGGAUGGCGGGGACGAGGAUGAUGACGUGGAGUUAGAAGAAGAGGAGCCAGGCGUAUUGGCGGAAGGCACAAUGGAGGCAGGCAGUGGAGGAAAAGGAUCUAAGGGACGGCGUGGUGGAGGGGCAAGGCGACGUGGAGGUGGCUCCAAGAACAAGCAGGGUGGUGCUGGCGGCUCCAGGGGUGUGAAACGGCGACGUAGAAGCAAGAAGGCCAAGACUCAAUUAGAGAAGGCUCCUGGAUGUGUUGCCCGCUGUUUUGGUGAAGGGGGAGCCAAGGAUGAGAAACGUAGCUGCAAAGUGUGUGGCAAGCGUCUGUCGUUCAAGGGUAGCAACACCACAUCGGGUCUAAGGCAUAUGAAACGUCGCCAUAGGCCACACUGGGACAUUUGGGAGUGCCUAUGGUCGCAAAAGCUCGUAGGCCCGAAAGACACGUUCCCCGAGGGUGGUUAUCCUGACGUGCCAGAUGGGAAGGCGGUGUGGGUUGGCUCUGCCACGUGGCCUGACCCCCCACCUGAAGGUGCAGCAUCGGUUGAUGGCGGCCAGCUCUCGAUCAACCGGUUUUUGGCCCCGCGCUUGUCCGCGCCGCAGCUGCGACAAGCACUUGUUGAGUUCAUUGCUGAUGCAGACCUCCCUGUUCAAAUUGUCGACCGACCCACUGUGAGUAACUUGCUGAUUGCAUUCUGUGCAUUCUGUGCAGUGUGUCCUUUCAUCGAGUCAUGCGGUAAACUCUAUACCAGUCAUUCGUGUUUUGUACAACCUAUAAACUGUCACAGCCUCAUGUAUGCUCGCAUUCUCCUUCAUGUGCUUGCCUUGUCAUCCCUGUUUCGACGCCUCGUAACAUUGUUGAACCCUCUGUGCGGUGAAAAGGAUGUGAUUCCUACUCGGUGGACCGCGGCCCGUGACGUGGUAAAGUUUGCCGAUCUUGCACGAGAGCACAUGAAAGCUGACCUUCGAAAUGGGGGCGGAGGGUAUGUCUCCUUUACCUUCGACAUAUGGUCGGGCGGGAAUCGUCUCGGGUACAUGGUGAUCACGGCACAUUGGAUCACCAAGGAUUGGCAACUGCGUGUUGCAACACUGGACUUUGUCGAUUUGGGAGAGAAGCACACUGCUGUGGUCAUUGCAUAUGCCUUUGAAGAUGUGCUGCACGAGUGGGGACUGGUGGACCGUUGUUUCGGCGUCACCACCGACAACGCAGAGAGCAACGCUGCCGCGCUGCGCAUUCUAGCUGGGCAAGGGCAUUAUGGGAGGGAAGAGCCAAUUGUCGCGGCCACCAUGCACUUUCGACAUUGGCUGGUCCUUCCUUUCCCUAAACAUGGGCUCGUCAUUCCUUUGCGUGUGUGUGUACACAUCAACCAACAGGGUACCACCCAGGCUGAAAAGGAUCGGGUCAGUGAGAUGAGCCUCAGUGCUGAGCACUGGGAGAGCCUCACGGAAUUGGCGGAGUUUUUGGACCCGUUCAACUCCGUCACCCUGGCAGCCGAGGGAUCUAUGUAUCCCACCGUCAGCGCUGUUGUUCCUCAAUUCAAUGAAUUGAUGGACCAACUAGAGGGCGCGUACCACAAUGUCCAGUCGGCCCCCACCGAGCUUCGCAAGCAGCUCAUCAACGCAGCCCUUCCUCUCCUGAAGAAGUAUUACUAUGGGAGCAGUGAUGAGCUUGUGGUCGCUACGUUUCUGGACCCGAGUUACAAGCUCGAUUACUUCAAUCUCCCGUUUUGGGAGCUGUCCAACCCCUCAAAAGCGGGGGUAGUGGGUGAAGGGUCCCGGGCUGUGAGCUCUGUUGCGCCAGAGGAAGUGUUGGCGCUUGUGCGCCAACGCUGGGCGCCUUAUAAGGCACGUGCAGAUCUGGCUGCUGCAGCUCGUGUCGGAGUGAGCACAGUGACAGUGGGACAGAUGACUGGUAUGGGCGGUGGGGGGAUGCGUGCGGGGAGUGGUGGUGCUGGGGGGAAUGCUAUGGCCAAGAAUCCCAUCAAGGAACGCAUCCAGGCUAUGAGAGCUAGACAGGACACUCGGCCUCGAGAUGACAUAACCAUUUACCUUGAAGAGCCGCCCGUGGAUGUGUGCCCGCUCGCUUAUUGGCGUGAGCGGAAAGAUCUUCCCUCCUUGCAGGCAAUGGCAAUGGAUUACCUUGCUAUUCCUGCAACAUCCGCUCCUAGCGAGCGUGUUUUCUCUCAGAGCAGGAACCUCAUUACGUGGCAUCGCCACCGCUUGAGCGCCGAGCGCAUACGUGCGUGCAUGACGCUCAAGACGUGGGUGAAGUCUUCUCCUGGGGUGAUGCUUGGUGGAGCUGAUGCGGCUGCGGUAUUAGAGGAGCUUGGAGUGGAGGGGGAUGAAGAGGAAGACUAUGGGGAGUUGCGUGCUUGA